CACUUUAACACCACGGAAUUUAUGCGAACCUCUAUAUUGAUCAGCGAUCUCUACAAAGUGUUCAUGUUCUUUGACCUUAGGGAUCUUAGAGAUGUCAAGAAAGUAACCAUCGGGCAGAUGGGAAUGUUUCAAAAUGUUGGACUGAAUAACUGAAAUUAAGUCAUAAAAAAAACUGCGCAGCUCAAUUUAUUUUUGCUCUUCUUCACUGUUAAUUUUUUUUUAAAACGGAUGUCACGAAGAAGCAUUCAACCUACAACAGCGUCUGUAUUCGUUCGCAACCUUAAUUUACUUGGUUUUGAACCUCCACUUAACAGUAAAUGGGUUGUUAAUGAACAAACUUUUACAAUCAAUGCUAACAGUGUCAAAGCAUUCGAACAAAUCAGUCAUUUCUUAUUCCAUUUACUUGACGAAAGAAAGACCAGAACCACAUUCAUGGGAGUCUGGCCAGUUACAGAUCUCCGAAGAUCUCAUGAAUAUCGUCGACUUGCCUUUCAGUGGCUGAAGGACAUUCAACCUGGCACUCGAUUGAUGAAUGUACCUUUAAGAAAAAGCUAUUUUACAGAUUGUCACGGUGAACCGUUCAACAAAAUCGUCUCGGCUUUUACUGCUCUUGUGGUAGACCAACAACUAAGUAAUAAUAAAGACGUUGCUAUGGAUGGUUCAUCUUCAACAGGAACAACCCAAUAUCCUAAGCCGAGCGCAGCUGGCAAACGAUCCACUACACACCGUCCUCUCACAAAUGAUACGCUUCUUCAAAAGAAGACAAAAUCUCAACCUCCGGUUGAUUUACUCGAAACAUCCUUAGAUUUAACACCACCCUCAUACCCCCGAGCUUUAUCGCCCAUUCCAGCAUUACAACAAUCAUCAGCAUUUAUUUCACCAGUUCCAUCCUCCCCCAACCGCCAAACGCCAUCCACUUGUAAAUCACGAUUCAUUUCAUCCGAAAAAGACUCUUUAUCAUCAUCAUCAUUAUCAUCACCAAUAAAUGCAGCAUCAUCCACAGCAAAUAACACCCCACCAUCAAGCACAGGUAUAUUAUCAUCCUCAAACCCUGUUGAAUUAGCAUCUACAAUAGAAAAUCAUCUGCCGCCCGUAACAGAAUAUCCUUUGUCACCCUCAGUAGAGGCACCUCCACCCAUUUCACCUGCUCUAGAAUCCGUCCGAUUUUCAAGCUUUAUUGAAAAAAUACAACGGGAAGAACUAGUUUAUAAGAAAGAACUAGCUCGAAGAGACAAAGAGCGAUAUACAAGGGAAAGCCUCGAACGAAAUCGUCUUUUACUUGACAGUCGUUCUAGUGUCACUGAUAAAGAAAAUAUAUUUGUUGUCGACGAUGGACAAUCAGCAAUGGAGAAGCCAUCUCACGAAAAAUUGCAUGAGAGGCAAGCAACUCCAGAAAGUCCCAAGAUGAACCAAAAGGAAGCUAAACCUCUUCGCCCUGAUUUGUCUUGUAUUGAGGUUGUAAAAUCCAAGGUCGCAACCUUUAAUCGUGAACUGGAUGAUUGUGCUUUGGAUAUGCGGGAUAAGGCUGGAUCAUCACCUUUAAACAUGGGUAUGGAUGUAAAAGAAAUCGCCGGUCAACCUCAACACGACGAGACGAUAAAAAAUGUUGGGAGUGCCACUAAAGCCGAUUUAGAAACUGAAAGAAUCGAACGCGAUCUUAAUCAAAAAGAGGCCCAUAGCAUUGGGGAUCUGGAGAAAGCUACGGACUCGGAAAUAAUCAAGGAUCGGGUAGAGGCUGAAAAGAGCACGAUCGAACAAAGACAUGAGGAAAGAGGAGAGCAUGAAGAGAGAAAGUUCGAGAAAAGAAUAGAAGCGGAGGAAGCUGAAAGGGCCGAAUGGGUUAAGCGCAUGGAAGAUGACAGAAGUGAAGAAAGAUCGAAGCGUGAGAGUGAGGAAAAAUUAAAUGUCAUGGCUGCUAAAGAGGCUGCAAUAGAACAUGAACAUAAGGAAUAUGUAGCACAACAGUUGGAAAUUAUCAGCAAAACUUAUGAUCAAAAUCCUCAACAAGGACUAUUUCUCUUGGUUGAUACUGACGGUUUUUCGCACAAAAAUCGUACAACACGCGAUGUAGAAAAAUUAGAUUUCGGACGCAACCCAUAUGAGGAUUUCUUUUCUAAAGCCAAAACAACUAAUACAGACGUACAUAAAUCUAAAAAUCCAAGUCCACCCCAGGUCAAAACUGAGCUUUGUACAAAUCGAUCACCAAGCUUUGUAGAUGUCUUGCCUGAUCCCUGGGAUUUUAGCUCUCCUGAUCACAGUCCCUCUCAUCGCAGUCCUCUUCGCUUCAGUCCUUUUCGUUUCGGUUUUCAUUCUCUCGAUUAUUCUGCCAGCCUUACUGACGCAUUCUACGAAAACAAGGAUGACGAGAAUUAUACAUCACCAGACCAACUGUUUUUAAAGAAGAACCCCGAAUCAAGUAUACCAGGUAUGCAAGAAAGUGACAGCCGUGGCCCAUUAGAAUAUGGAAGAAGUCCAACGCGGGGUGUGAUCUAUGCCAGUUCUCUGCCAGCAAAAGCAGAACUACCAAACCCGUUUCUGGAUACAAACUCACUGAUGCAACCUUCCGAAUUUGAAAGAAGACUACAUCGAUUGACAAAGAAUACACCACCCGAAACAGGCAUAGUGGAUGACAUUGCUAUUGCUCCCAGUCCACCACAACCACGUAGGCCAUUCACCAAGAAACGAUUUGAGUAUGCUGCUUUGCCAAGAACACCAUUAAAAGAAUUUUCACGAUCUCCUUUACACAAUGCAGCCUCUACUAUGCCCGUGGUAGGAUCACCCUUGCGUAAGUCUUUUAUCAGCACUAGAAGCAGUCUUUCAGGAGAAGAAUAUGACUCCGUGGCUGACAUUCGCCUUGAGGAACCACCUCACUAUUCACCCUCAAAGUUCGAAACUCCAAGGAAGUAUAAUCAUGAACAUGACUAUAGUAAAUUUAUAUUUUCGAUGGGUCAUACUCCAGAACAAUAAAUCUUUUUUUUACAUAAGCUUU